UGUUUACACGAUCAGCUGGUUGGCGAAUAUAUCAACCCAGCUGUGAUCGUGUAAACAAAACAACGCUAAGUGUUCGGCAGGAUAGUCGCGCUUUUAAACCUGAUUCAGUAAUCGGAAUAAACUACGUCCAGUGCACAUUUCUUGGAAGGGCAAAUGCAAAAAAAAAACAGAAUGGAAACGUGGGGUGAAAAUUAAUCGGCCACCAUUUGAUACUGUACAUUCAAAGAUGUUCGAGUCUGUCAAGAGUGCAUUAGGGGGCAGUGGUGUAGCUGUUGAAGAUGGCGGUCUCAUCUUGAUAUCUGAAACCGCUACUACCUCGGCAAGUGGACUACUGACUCACUUUCUGGCCUCUGGUGUAACAAAUAGCCAUCCAGUAUGCUUUUUAACAAUGCAGCACACAUGGGGACAUUAUUGUAACAUUGGCAGUAAAUUAGGAUUCAAUUUAAAGCAACAUUCAGAUCAGAGCACCAUUAAAGUGAUUGAGGGAUUGAAAUUACUCAAUGAGGUCCUUGAUGGUGGCAUUGAAGACAUUGAAGAUCACCCUUUUGCUUUUAUUUUGAAAACCUGUGAAGAUCCCCUCAGAAACUUGUAUAAACUCAUCAAACAAACUGUUCAGCCUUGGAGAGAUGAUUGCAAAUAUUUUUUGAUAAUUAUAGAAAACAUUACAUCUUUAUUGAAUCUGGGUAUACAGACAAAGGAUAUUGCUAUUUUUAGUCAUUACUGCAAGAACCUCAUCCACAUUGGGCCUAAUAAUGCAUCGGAUUCUCUCAUAGUUGUCACAAGAGAUGAUGAAAAAGAUGAAGAUGCAAGUUCUCUUACAAAAAUUAUAUCUCACUCGGCAGUGAUGCACAUGUCCUUACGAGGACUGAGUUCAGGACUAUCACGUGAGGUUCACGGUGAUCUGAAAAUAACAGUAUUUAAUGGUCUCGGUCCUCAUCAGUGUUUGCCAGUUGUUCACUACUUUCAAUUUAAAUUGGAGGACAAGAAUAUGAAGUUAUUUGCCCCUGGAACCUCUGCAAAUGUUUUGUGAAAAGAUUACUUGUAAUGAUGGCAUGUAAUAGUUGUAGCAUACGGAAAACUUUUAAUUCUGAAGGUAGAGUAUGUGGACAUUAAACAGUCAAUUAUGAUA